UACCAUAUAUUAUCACUUCUGUAUAUAUCUUUAUUAAAAGACAAAAGUAAAAGAAAUCAUAUGUUUGUUGAAUAUGGAAGUGGAUAAUGAUAAUUCCAUCAAUUCAGAAUUGUCUAAGGACCAUGAGAAAAAAGAGAAGUUGCUUAACGAGAUCUCAAUGUUGCAAGCGAAUAUCUCUCAACUAGAAAGCAUAAUUGAAACACCCAAAUUCGGCCAAUUAAAAUUUUCAGAAGAGCUAUUGACAUCGAUGCACGACAAUAAAGGCGCAAAAUUUUAUAUACCGGAUGUGCAAACGGAAUUAUGCUAUGAGCUUUAUCAAUUCGUGGGAUUAAGAUGCCGGGAAUUCAACGAAGAUUCGAGACUCGUUUUUGAAAUCUGUAGCACCGAGCAGAAUCUCACGGAGAACGAUAUGUACGCAGUAGAGAUACUCAUAAAUGAGAAUGGUUGUGGAAAAUUAGGAAAGUGGGUGUUACCUAUAUCGUUUUAAUUGUCGAUUAAAUCAACUUGUUUCGAAAGAUAUUUUAAGAGAUACACUUUUU